AUGAAGCAUAAGUCACACUUAAAGCAGAAAAAUAAGCAUUUUAAAAAAUGUAAAAGCAAAAAAAAAAAAAAAAGUAUAAAUAAUAUACAGAAAAAAAAAAAGAAAGAUAUAAGUGAAAAAUAUAGUCAUAUUUUAUAUAGAAAACAUCAAUCUCAUAAUACAAAAACAGAUAACAUAAAAAAUGAAAGAGAAGAAAAGUCAAAAUAUAUACCAUUUUAUGAUUCAUUAAAUAUAUGCAUUGUAGGUUUUCAUGAGGAAGCAGAUGUAUUGUCUUUUAAAAGAGAAUUUAUAAAAUAUUUGUAUGAAAAAAAUGAACAUAAUAUAUUAGAAGAAGAUGUAAAACUAUAUAAUGUAUAUACGAUACAUUCUGAUAAAAAAAAAAAAAAGAGAUCUUUAGUAAUUUAUGAUGUACCUAGAGAUAUAUACGGUAUUAUAGAUGGAACAAAAUGCGCGGAUUUAAUUUUGUGUAUAUUUAAAGAUGCUUCUAUUCAAAAUUCUGCAUUUGAUGAAUUAGGUUAUGAAUUAUUAUCAAUUUUAAAAACACAAGGAGUUCCUUCAGUUAUUGGUAUAGGAUACAAUACUAGUGAAUGCAACAAAAAUUCACAGAGGUAUGUUAUGAGAUAUUUUAAUUCAGAAUUUACCUUAGAUGACAAAAUAUUCUUUAUUAAUAGAAAUAAUAAAGAUUACGAUUUUCUAAAAUUAUAUAACGAAAUAAUGAGUAUGAAAAUAAAAAAGGUAUCUUAUAGAGAAGGAAGAGGAUAUAUGAUAGUAGAUUCCUAUUCAUAUAAUUCGGAAAAUGAUUCUAUUUAUUUAAAAGGGUUUGUUAAAGGUGUUGGAUUUAACGUUUACAAUCCUAUACACAUAACUAAUAUUGGUGAUUAUUAUAUAGAUAAUAUUUAUGUUAUAGAUGUUUUAACUCAAAGGAAAAAUAAUGAAAAUGUAAAUGCAAAAAAUUCAUUUCUUUUAAAUCAGAAUGAUGAACAAAAAAAUAGAAAUAAUUUUUUAGAUAAGUUUCUUAUUGAUAAUAAAGAUAUGAAUCAAAAUAUUAACUAUAAUUAUAUCCUUGUUCAAGAUAGCAAAAAAAAUAAUAAUUUUAAUGAUGAAGAAGAUGAUUUUAGAUGCAUAAGACCAUAUAAUAUAGAAGAGAAUAAUUUGCUAGUUAAGAAUUUAAUGACUCUUCAGAACAAACAUAUGUCAGAGUCAUUUCCUUCCAAAAAUUUUGGUUAUACUAAUGAUAAUGCAGAUAAUAAUAAUCACAUUGUGUAUAAAUAUAAUAUAAAUGGUGGCUUAAAUAGUAUAAAUAAUAAUACAAAUAAUAUAUAUAAUAAUGUGAAUAAUAUAACAAAUAUGAGCAAUAUAAAUAAUAUUAAUGUGAAUAAUAUUUGUAAUAAUAUUAAUAAUACGAGUAAUAAUGUAAGCAAUAUGUAUAACAAUGGAAUUACGAGUAAUACAUGGACAUAUAUAUCUAACGAAAAACGUGAAGUGAAUGAAGAUAUUAUUUGCUCAUAUGAUAAAAAUGAUACAAUAAAUGAAAAUAAAAAUAAUUUUUGCAGUUUUAUAGAUAAUGAAGAGUCUUCAAGUAACAGUAUUUUAUCUGAGGAAAAUAGUUCUUAUGGAGAUAAUGAGGAUAUAAAAACAGAAGGUGAAAUUGAUGAUGAUUGUAUUGAAAGAGACUCAGAAAAUUAUGAUAAUGUUUAUUUGAGUAAAAAUAUAAGCGCCAGAGAACGAUUUAAAAAAUAUAGAAGUUUGCAAAGUUUUAGAACGUCAUAUAUAGAUGUUUAUGAGGAUUUACCUAUUGAAUACUCUCGUAUUUAUGAUUAUGAAAGUUUUGAAAACUUAAUUAAAUAUUCAAAGAGAAAGUAUUUAGAAAAUUGUAAAAUUAUAAACAAUGAAUUUACUCUAACAGAUGCUUAUUGCUUAUUUAUUAUUAAGAAUGACGGAAAAUUGAUUAAUUUAAUCAAUUAUAAGACAAAAAAAUUACCUCUUGUUAUAUCAAGUUUAUUACCAUUUGAAAGAAAAGUAACAGUUGUAAAUAUGGAAAUAACAAGGACUCCUUUUUAUGCUCAAAAAGUAGAAUCAAAGGAAGUUUUUGAAAUUGUAUGUGGUUUUAGACAUUUCAUGAGUUGUCCUAUAUUUAGUGAACAGCUAAUUAAAGGAACACAAUCAAAAGCAAAAUAUGAAAAAUAUUUGAAAAGUGGAAAUAAGUAUGUUGCUUCUAUAUAUGGAUUUACAACAGUAACAGCCUCUCCAGUUUUCAUUAUAAAAAAAAAUAUUCAAAGUAAAUAUAAUAAUUUAAUAGAUAAUGAAAUGUCUGUUAAAGAAAAUUUUUCGCAGAAUUACAAUAAUUGUGAAAUGACUAAAUUUGAUAUUUCGAAUGAUUUAUAUAACAAAAAAAAUACUUUUUUAAAUGAUAUAAGUAGUAGUACUAUUGACCUAAUUAAAUCAAAUGUAUCUAAUGAUUAUAACUCCGGUUCGAUAUUAAUUGCUCAUGGAAAGGUUAUGAAUUGUGAUUGCAAGAGAAUAAUUAUGAAGAGAAUAUGUCUAUGUGGAAAAAUUUUUAAAAUUCAUAAAAAAAAAGCUGUUAUAAGGAAUAUGUUUUAUAGUCCAAAAGACAUAAACUAUUUUAAGCCGGUUGAAUUACAUACAAAAUUUGGGUUAACUGGAAAGAUAUUAGAAUCAUUAGGUACACAUGGGAAAAUGAAAUGCUUAUUUAACAAUGUUUUAAAACAACAUGAUAAAGUAUUUAUUUUUUUAUAUAAAAGAGUUUAUCCUGUAUGGUUUCCUUUAACAUGGGGUGGAGAUCAAAAUAUAGGUCCUGAUGAUAAGCUACUACAGAAAAAACGAAGAAUAUAA